UCUGCGUCGUUAUUCAAUUGAAGAUCCGCGGGCCCGAGACAGUAUAUCUGCAGCGCGGGAGGCUCCGCCGGCACUUCGCUGUUGACCAUGGUCCGAGUUGCAGCCAUGAUGCUCCUGCUCCUCCAGCUCUGCGCGGUCCUCGUGCACACUGGCUACGCGUUCCCUAAUGUGACGAUGCCCGUAUCAUCACUGAAGAGAGCGCUGGAUGGGGAGGGCCCGGACGCCAUACAGCGCCAGGUGGAGAUGGCCUGGCAGCCAGUGCCGGACGCUGAGUGGGUGGGACUCUUCGACGUCUCUCCCCCGCAGAAGGCCCAAGACGCAGCACCGCUUGUCCGCUGGUCCGCUUCGGAACACCCAGGCGGCUGCUUCCGCACCAGUGUCAGUUUCCCUCGCCAGGAGUACCCUAAUGGCUGGAACAAGGGAUCCGAAGAGGAGCCUGUUGAGGGAGACGCUUGCAUGCCCUUCUGGCUUGCCAUCUACGACAAAAAUGAUGAAUUACUACACUCUGACUGCAUUAAAAUUCGUCCUACCUGGAUGGCUGACCACAGAGAAGAGCUGGAAAACUUGACCGUUGCUGAUUUGUUCAUCCCUGGGACAAACGGUUCAGACACUAACAAUGGAUCAGUUAUGGAAAAUACAAGUGAAAGACAUGGCUGCUAUGUUCUCACACAAGAUGCUGAUGUUUGGGGACAGUUAGUGCAUGGAAUUCGAUACAUAGACAUUGAUGUUCGUGACCACCCUGGCAACAAGACAACUACCUAUGCUCCUGCAACACAAGAUGAUGAUGGAUAUAGGCAAAUAGUUAAUGUUGAUGCUGUGAGAGAUAUAUUAGAAGAAAUUAAAGCUUAUCUGAAGAAGGCACAUUCUGAGAUAAUCGUCCUUGAUAUACAUGACUUUGAAGGGCCUGCUGGCAAUCGCUGCCUGCUUCUUUCAAUGGUAUAUUCAGUACUCGGCCACUUUAUGUCGCCAUUCAACAGCGUAAGCUACAAUUCAACUCUAGCUGAAGUUUGGAAAACUGGAGUGAACGUGAUUGUGACAUACAACAAUCCUGAGACUAUCGAGGGGCUCCGUGUACCACCCAUAUAAAUUGCCUGCAGAAAUGCAUAGGAAGCUAGUUAAUAUAGAUGCUGAGAUAGAUACCAUAUAUUAGAAGAAAUUAAAGUUUAUCUAAAGAAGGCAUGUUGAUAUACAUUACUUUGAAGGACAUGCUGGCAAAAUAAAUAUAUAAAUCGCUGCCUGCUUCUUGCAUUGCUAUAUUCAGCACUUGGUGAAUUUGUAUUGCCACUCAACAGUAUAAGCUACAACUCUACUCUAGCUGAAGUCUGGAAAAACGGAUAGAACCUGACUGACACACAACAAUUCUGAAAUUGUCAAGGGGUAACUCACCAAUCUGCCCAGAACUCUUCAGAGAAUCAUGGCUCAUUCCAUUUGAAACACCAAAAUUCAAGAGCAAACUGAAGGAGUGCCUAAUACAAAAUUCAUUCUGUUUAAUUGCUAAUUUGUAGUGCAAAUGUGCAAAUAUUUAAACAGCUUCUAUUGUAUAGAUGAGUGAGCCUUUUAAUCCAAGCAUAAAUGUAGACUAUUCAUAAUAUAAAUAGCUGACAGUGUAUGCAUAAAAAUUAUGAUUUCUGUUGAUGUAUUACAAUGUAACAUUAGUUGCUAUGAUUAUUAUCAUGAAGAUAUCAUAUUGUGCUCUACUUUAUUGCACAUAUUGUGAUAAUACUCCUUGCUAUUGGGAUCAAUGUAAGUCACAAUAAAUAAAUGAAUAAAUGGCUGGAAUAAAAAGGAACAAGCCCUGCA